AUGGGAGAUGCCACCUCCGCUGCGGCUGCUACUGUCUCUGACUCUCACAAUGGCCAUGGGAAUGUGAACGGGACAAUGAAGUUCAAGUGUGUGGAUCAGUAUCAAGGCCAGGGACGCCCUAUAAGAAUCAUCGUGGUUGGAGCAGGGCUCAGCGGAAUCGCCGCGGUCAAAAUCUUCAAAGAGACGUUCAUAAACGCUCCAGUAGAGCUGGUGAUAUACGAGAAGAACCACGACGUGACGGGAACCUGGCUGGAAAACCGAUACCCUGGGUGCGCAUGUGAUGUGCCCGCACAUGCCUACACUUUUAGCUGGGAAGGGAAUCCACGCUGGUCGCGCGCAUAUGUGGGUAGCUCGGAGCUCUACGAGUAUUAUAAGGGCCGUGCCGUGGCCUACGGCGUGAACAAGUUCGUCAAGCUCAACAGCCGUGUCAAAGAGGCUGUCUGGAAUGAAAGCACCGGCAAGUGGAAAGUGCAAAUCGAAGACUUGACAUCAGGAAGUACUUUCUCCGACGAAGCUGAGGUUUUGAUCAAUGCUGCUGGAUUUCUCAACAAAUGGAAGAUGCCUGACAUCCCCGGCCUAGGCGAAUUCAAAGGAAAACUGAUCCAUUCUGCGCAAUGGGAUGAGACGUAUCCCCUCGAUGACAAGAUUGUGGGUAUUAUCGGAUCAGGGUCGUCUGCGAUCCAGAUAAUUCCCCAGAUCCAACCGAAGGUUAAGCAUAUGACAUCUUUCAUUAGGUCCUCGACAUGGAUCACACCCGAGUUUGCUGCUGAAUUUGCUCCCGAAGGCCGUACCGCUUUUUUCUCCGACCGGCAGAAGGACGAGUGGGCUCAGAAUAAAGACAAAUUCUUGGAAUAUCGAAAGAAGGUCGAAUCGACAAUGAAUAAAUUCUUCGACCUGCAGUUCAAAGACUCGACUCUGCAGAAAGACGCGUAUGACAACUUCCGCAAGACCAUGCGAGAACGGCUGUCGAGAAAACCCGAAAUAGCUGAUAUCUUGGUCCCCAACUUUGCUGUUGGCUGUCGAAGGAUAACGCCUGGCCACGGAUACCUCGAAGCACUUACAGAAGAUAACGUCACUGUUCGGAGCGAUGGAAUCGUUCGUGUUACGGAAGACGGCGUACAAAUGGCCAAGGGAGAUAAAAUCAAGUUGGACGUCCUGAUAUGUGCUACCGGCUUCGACACAAGUUUCCGGCCGCCAUUUCCUCUAAUAGGGAGAGAAGGUUGCGAUCUCAGGGAUGAGUGGGCGGACGAACCGAGAUCAUACUGUUCCAUCGCGGCGCCCAAGAUGCCCAAUUAUUUCAUCAUUAGCGGACCUAACUUCCCACUGGCAAAUGGAUGUCUUCUCCCGUGUCUCGAGACGAACAUCAAAUACGCCUUCGCGGCAGUGAAAAAAAUGCAAUACGACUCCGUCAAGGCAAUCGUGCCGAAACCUCAAGCAAUCGACGAUUUCCAGGAAUUCAAGGACGCGCUCAUGGAGGACCUGGUGUGGACUGACCAUUGUGUCUCCUGGUACAAGAACGGCAAGGCUGACGGCAAAGUUUGGGGCCCGUGGCCCGGAUCGUCUCUCUCGUACCUUGAACUCAUGAGCCAGCCUCGCUGGGAGGACUGGGAUUUCACGUACCUGGCAAGGAAUCGUUUCCAAUUUCUUGGACGAGGCAAGACGGAGCGCGAAGUCAAGGGCGGGGAUCUGGCGUAUUAUUUGACGGAACCCGGGGCGUCAGCGUCUAGCUAG